AUGCGGAUCCUCUACAACUCGACCAUAGCCAAAUAUGGGCGUGCUAUCAGGGAAUCGCCGAAGGAGCUCAUAUUCAACCGCAGGCUGUUGGUGACGGCAGCGCUGUACGCAAUGAGUGGUAUCCCCAUCACUUGGGAUCAAGGCUCAUCAUCCCUCGUACCAUCUCUUGCCGGUUUUCAGGAGGCUUUCGGUAUCAGCUCAGGUGCCAAUCCUUCGGAGAUCUCCAACUUCAUCUCGUUCGUUUACCUAACCGCCGGCGUCGGAGCGGGCCUGUCCUACUUCAUCAAUGAUAGAAUUGGACGUUUGUGGAGCUUACGGCUGUAUAUGUGCAUUUGGGUCAUCGGGCAGUUGACUGCGACAUUCUCUGGUGGUCACCUUGGCGCACUGUAUACCGCACGCUUCGUCUCUGGCCUAGGGAUUGGUCCACUUACGGCAACAGGACCGAUGUCCAUUGUUGAAAUCGCACCCUACGAGAUCCGAGGACUCCUUGCAACCUGGUUCAGUGUUGUCAUGCUGCUUAGUCUGACAAUCAGCUGUUUCGUGGUCUACGCGAGCUUCCUGCAUGUCGCAUCAAGUCAUCUUCAGUACCAGAUCGUGUGGUUUGUGCCUUGCAUCAUCAUUGGAAUCAUCAUAGCUCUCAGCUUCUUUUGCAUGUAUGAGUCUCCUCGAUGGCUCAUGCUUGUUGGACGCGAGGAGGAAGCUAUCGAGACUUUGGUAGCCUUGCGCGGGCUGCCGAUUGAACAUCCACGAGUAGCAAGCGAAUUCAACGACAUCAAGGCCCAAACCGAAGGAGAGCGCUCAAGAUUCGGUGGCGGGUCAGUUAACUUGGAAUCUGUUCUCAAGGAAACCUUUCUCGUCAACGCCAACCUACGUCGCGUCGGGCAAGCAUGCAUUUCUUACGGCUUAGCCCAGCUGUCAGGUGCUAAUUCCGUCACGUCAUAUUUAGUGCCGAUCUUGACCUUGAUUGGAGCUGGCGGAACGACAGACAGGAACAUGUUUUUGACAGGCAUGUAUUCCAUGGCCAAGUUCUUCUACACCCUAAUGGCAUCCUUCUUCUUCAUAGAUGCACUCGGAAGAAGAAAGUCACUAUUCGUGGGCAUCGUUGUGCAAAUGGUGUCCGACAUCUAUAUCGGAGUUUACUUGAAGUUCAAGCAGGCUGGCAGUGUAGCUCCAGGGUCAAGCGAAGGUGCUAUUGCAGCGAUUUAUAUCCACGGAUUUGGAUACGCUGUCGGUCUUCUCGUACUGCCGUACGUAUUCAGCGCUGAGCUCUGGCCCAAUAACAUACGCUCCUUCGGCUCAGCUCUUACUCAAUGCUUCCAUUGGCUCUUCUACUUCGGCGUCAACAAGGGCACGCCUGGGAUCUUGAGUAGUAUGAAUAACUGGGGCGCCUUCUUGUUUUUCGCGGGGUGGUGCUUCAUCUCUCUCGUAUAUGUUUUUGUGGCGGUGCCGGAAACUGCCGGUCUGAGCCUAGAACACAUCGACGCGCUCUUCGAAGGUCCAUUCUGGCAGAUGAACAGCAAAGCCAGAAUGAAUAGGAAGAUGACUGGAGUCAUUGUUAGUCCUGGCAGCGAUGAUGCUAGUGUUGAAGACAUCGAAGUUGGUAGGAGCGGCAAGGCGGGUGAGACGUGA